GCCGCGCAUGUGCAGCAGCGAUGGCAGCGGCACCACAUCACCAUCACGCAGCCGGCGAAGACGAACGUAGCCAUGGCAGUUUCCUAAAGUGCAUGCGACCGAAGGAGCGGUUUAGCUUGCCACGCACCAAGGCCCGCACAGGAUCCAUCUACCACACACCGACGGCGGCAGCAUUCGGGUCGCCCCCGACCCCCAAGCGCCGGUUUUUCUCCAACGAACGAACUCGUGCGUCGUCGAUUCAUUAUCAACAUGGGCAACCUCCGACUACUUCGUGCGACUGCGUGGGUCUCAAGUCGUUGCGGUGUGAGUAUGCGUCGUCGGAAUGCGACAGUCCAACGUCGCCGUCCCGCGGCCGCGGGUCGUCGUUCUUGACCCAUGGACCAUCAUCACACAACCGCGAAAUCGAAAUGACGUCGAUGGUGUGCGCAAAGAAGAAGAAGUGGGAGGACAAGUUUACGUCCAAAGAAUGGGAACUCGACUGGCUGCAAAAGUGGCGCAAGCGGACCCUCGAAGAAGCGACGAUCUCGAGCUCACCGCCCGACGAGUCCCGGCCGUCGUUCACCGACCGCUUCUCGGACCCGCACUUCCAACAGCAUGCCGGCUUCCGACGGCGGAGUCUCUCGGACGCGGGCCACAUGGGGUUCAUGGGGUUUUCCCUGGGGCAGUGGCAGGUCGACACGAUGCUUCGGUCCGGCGUUCCCGUCGAGUACCGCGGUCAGGUGUGGUGGCUGUGCAGUGGCGCGGCGCAGAAGAGGUCCAGUGCGGCCAUAGCGGACCAGUACGAGUCGCUUCUGUGGCGCGCCGACGAAGUGCGCGUGGACGUGACAACAGAGAUCGAGAAGGACCUGUAUCGCACAUUUCCGCAUGAGCCCGACACGCGGGACGAGCGCGAGUCGUCCAUCUCGGAGCUGCGGCGCCUCCUGUCCAUGUACAGCCUGCGGAACCCCAAGGUCGGGUACUGCCAGAGCAUGAACUUUCUCGGCGCGAUGCUGCUCGUGUACCUCGGAGAAGAGGAGGCAUUCUGGGUGCUCGCGUGCAUCGUCGAGGACCUCGUUCCCGGCUACCACACCAAGUCUAUGGUCGGGUCCCGCGUCGACCAGUACGUGUUUGCGGCGCUGGUGGAGCAAAAGCUACCGCAAGUGGCGCACCACCUCCACACGCUGCAUGUCCACCUGGCGCCGGUCACAUUCAAGUGGUUUCUAUGUCUAUUUGUCAACACAUUGCCGCUAGAGACGACGCUGCGGGUGUGGGAUGUGUUCUUCUCGGAAGGCAGCAAGGUGAUCCACCGCCUCGGCCUGACCCUGCUCAAGCUGCUCGCGCCAGACAUCGUCGCCGCCGACGAAGCAUUCGACGUGUACGAACUGCUCAAGUUCUCGCCGCGGACGCUGGCGAAUCUGAUGGCGCCGCACCGGAAGGCCCCGCAGUGGCGCAAACAAGACGACUGUUUCUGCGACACACUGCUCCGCCUCGCGUUCGACAAGGCGUUCCUGGGCCCGUUUCCGUACCGCGCCAUCGUCGAGCUACGAACAGUGUACCAAGUAUAUGUUGAAGACGAAGUGGCUAGAGCUGAGGCGGACAAAGCCACCGACAUGGCCGUCCCGAUCCCCGUCGCGGCGGUGACGACGACGGCGGUCAUGGUGACGAGGACAGCACGCAAGGCGGACGAGUACGACUUUGUGGAUGAUUUCAAAGCCGACGAUUUGGACUACGAGUUCCUCAUCACGUCUUCCAACGCGAGCAGCGGCAGCGGGUGCGCGGCCGACUCGUCGUGGCGGGGCACGGCCGGAGGCGGCGGGGUCGCCGUGCCUGCCGCCGACCAAUCGCUGAUUGAGAAUUAUUGGUAAUAAUACCGAAAAACACACCACGUC